CGGCGGCAGGAGGAGGGUCUCCGAGCCCGGGCUCGACUCGCCAGCGCUCUGAGCCUGCGUCCGCCGAGGAGGAGGGUUUCCCCGGCCCGGCCGGAGUGGCGGCUGGGCGCUCCUGGCUCAGAGCGCAAGCGACUGUCAAGAGAGUAGGAGAGUGGAGCUGCCGGAAGUGUCUGCGCGCCGCGAGAGAACUUUCCUGCUCCGGCCGCGGCCCGGAGCCUCCGCCGCCCGCGCGCUCGCAGCGACGAUGCGCCCCGAUGACAACGACCUGAGUGGCCCCGCGCCUCGGCCCACUGCCCGAGUCUGCGCUCGCCUCGCCGCAGGGGAGGAAGCCUGAGCCCAGAGGCAGCGCCGCGCCGCAGGAGCCCGGCGCAGGCGGCGCGGCGCUCGGGGCCCGCUUCCUCUGCGCCGUCCCCUAGCGUCCCCGCGCGUUGCCCGCGAUCGCGCGUCCCCAGCGCCAGCCGCGGUCGCCGGCUGUCUCCGCCCUGACUGCCGGCCCGGACGUGUCCCCGGCUGCCGCUGGCAGUGCCUGUGCCAUGGGGCUGCCUACUCUGGAGUUCAGCGAUUCCUACUUGGACAGCCCGGAUUUCAGGGAGCGCCUACAGUGUCACGAGAUUGAGCUGGAGCGAACCAACAAGUUCAUCAAAGAGCUCAUUAAGGACGGCUCUCUGCUCAUUGGGGCGCUGAGGAAUCUGUCUAUGGCAGUACAGAAAUUCUCCCAGUCAUUGCAAGAUUUCCAGUUUGAAUGUAUUGGUGAUGCUGAAACAGAUGAUGAAAUUAGUAUCGCUCAGUCACUUAAGGAAUUUGCGAGACUACUCAUUGCAGUCGAAGAAGAAAGGAGAAGACUGAUUCAAAACGCUAAUGAUGUAUUAAUUGCGCCACUUGAGAAAUUUCGCAAAGAACAGAUAGGUGCAGCAAAAGAUGGAAAGAAGAAGUUUGACAAGGAGAGUGAAAAAUACUAUUCUAUUCUUGACAAACAUUUAAAUUUGUCUGCAAAGAAAAAGGAGUCUCAUUUGCAAGAGGCAGAUACACAGAUUGACCGAGAACAUCAAAACUUCUAUGAAGCAUCACUAGAAUAUGUCUUUAAAAUUCAAGAGGUUCAAGAAAAAAAGAAGUUUGAAUUUGUUGAACCGCUUUUGUCCUUCCUUCAAGGUUUAUUUACUUUUUACCACGAGGGAUAUGAACUCGCCCAGGAAUUUGCACCGUAUAAGCAACAGCUGCAAUUCAACUUGCAGAAUACAAGGAAUAAUUUUGAAAGUACUCGACAAGAGGUAGAGCGGUUGAUGCAAAGGAUGAAAUCUGCCAACCAGGAUUACAGACCACCCAGCCAAUGGACGAUGGAAGGCUAUCUGUAUGUCCAAGAGAAACGACCACUUGGUUUUACAUGGAUUAAACAUUAUUGUACAUAUGAUAAGGGAAGUAAAACAUUUACAAUGAGCGUUUCAGAAAUGAAAUCCAGUGGGAAAAUGAAUGGCCUUGUUACCAGCUCACCAGAAAUGUUUAAAUUAAAAUCUUGUAUCCGAAGAAAGACAGAUUCAAUUGACAAACGGUUCUGCUUUGACAUAGAAGUAGUUGAAAGGCAUGGGAUCAUCACGUUGCAGGCCUUCUCCGAAGCUAAUCGGAAGCUCUGGCUCGAAGCCAUGGAUGGGAAGGAACCGAUUUACACCCUGCCUGCCAUUAUUAGCAAGAAGGAAGAAAUGUACUUGAAUGAAGCAGGGUUCAACUUUGUAAGGAAAUGCAUUCAAGCUGUGGAAACAAGAGGCAUCAACAUUUUAGGCCUCUACCGAAUAGGAGGUGUGAACUCUAAAGUUCAGAAACUCAUGAACACCACAUUUUCUCCAAAAUCCCCUCCUGAUAUUGACAUUGAUAUUGAACUGUGGGAUAAUAAGACAAUAACAAGUGGGCUGAAAAACUACCUCAGGUGCCUUGCAGAACCACUGAUGACUUACAAGUUACACAAAGAUUUUAUUGUUGCUGUUAAGUCUGAUGAUCAAAAUUACCGGGUGGAGGCUGUGCAUGCAUUGGUGCACAAAUUGCCAGAGAAAAACAGAGAGAUGCUGGACAUCUUAAUAAAGCACCUGGUCAAAGUAUCACUACACAGUCAACAAAAUCUCAUGACUGUCUCAAACCUUGGUGUCAUUUUUGGCCCAACUCUAAUGAGAGCACAGGAGGAAACUGUGGCUGCCAUGAUGAAUAUUAAAUUUCAGAACAUUGUGGUUGAAAUUCUGAUAGAGCACUAUGAAAAGAUUUUUCAUACUGCCCCAGACCCAAGCAUUCCUCUGCCUCAGCCUCAGUCUCGAUCUGGAUCCCGAAGGACACGAGCCAUCUGCCUCUCCACAGGCUCCCGGAAGCCCAGAGGGAGGUAUACUCCAUGCCUGGCAGAACCUGAUAGUGACUCCUAUAGCAGCAGCCCAGACAGCACACCCAUGGGGAGCAUCGAGUCGCUCUCCUCUCACUCUUCUGAACAAAACAGCACUACAAAGUCCGCCUCCUGCCAGCCCAGGGAGAAAUCUGGAGGGAUUCCUUGGAUUGCAUCCCCAUCACCUUCCAACGGACAGAAAAAUCUUGGUCUCUGGACAACUAGUCCCGAAUCAAGUUCUAGAGAAGAUGCAACCAAAACAGAUGCAGAAUCCGAUUGCCAGAGUGUUGCCUCAGUCACUAGCCCAGGGGACACUUCCCCACCCAUAGACCUGACCAAGAAAGGGCCUUAUGGGCUUUCAGGACUGAAAAGAGCCUCAGCUUCCUCUCUCAGAUCCAUCUCUGCCGCUGAAGGAAACAAGAGCUAUAGUGGAUCCAUUCAAAGCCUAACUUCCAUAGGUUCCAAGGAGACACCCAAAGCCGCACCAAACCCAGACCUGCCUCCAAAAAUGUGCAGGAGGUUAAGGCUGGACACUGCCUCAAGCAAUGGCUACCAGCGACCUGGCUCCGUUGUGGCAGCUAAAGCCCAGCUGUUUGAAAAUGUUGGUUCACUUAAGCCAGUUUCUUCUGGGCGCCAAGCCAAAGCCAUGUACUCCUGUAAAGCAGAGCACAGCCAUGAGCUCUCCUUCCCACAGGGGGCGGUAUUUUCCAACGUGUACCCAUCAGUGGAACCAGGAUGGUUGAAGGCAACUUAUGAAGGCAAAACAGGACUAGUCCCAGAAAAUUAUGUUGUCUUCCUCUAAUACUGUUUAGUGGAUGGCAGUAUCUUCAUGGUAUCCAUGGUAACAAAUAAUAAGUGCUAUGAUUUUAUCUGACACAGAUAUGGGGAUCAGCCCACUAAAUGAAAACAGUCAAUUUCUAUCAAGUUCUACACCAGCGGACUAUGGAGCUCCCUAUUAAUGGAAAAGAAAAGAAAAAUGUUUAAAUUGUUUGCCAAUCCUGUUUUUAUUUUUUAGCGGUUUUCUUAUUUUAAAAUCUUGCCUUUUUUGGGGGGGAGGGGAGGAUAAGUAACUCUCCAUAAUGUCUCUUCCAUAACAAUUGUAGAAUCUCAAAUACUGUGUUAAGUACUAUACCCCAGAAAUUUGGAAACCAGAAAUCUGCUAAAAGGAUUUUGAAAUCUAUGCUUUACUGUCUGGUAGUCUCUGAGAAACCUUGAAAUCAUUACUUAAAAAUGUAAUUUAAAUUGUUCAUUUGAUAUGUUUUCUUAAAAAUAUACUGCUUUUAUAUAUGAUUGUUUUGCUGGUCCUAAACAUUUCAAGGAAAUAAGUUUUUUUAACAUAAGUUUAUUUUUAUUUGUUUACCAAGUAGAUGAUAAUAUUCAAAAGCAAUAAUGUAUAUGAUAUCUGUAAGUGAAACCAAAUUAAGUCAUACACUGAUUCCACUGUAGUCGCUCCUUCCAGCAUUCCAGACACCUUCCAUGGGCUUCAGCAGGGAUCAGCAAACUCUUUCUGUCUAAAGCCUGAUAGGAAACAUUUGGGGCUUUGCAGGCCCUGUGGUCUCCAUCGCAAUACUCAACUCUGCCACUGUAGCAGAAAGCAGCCAUAGACAAUAAAUAAACAAAUGAGCGUGGCUGUGCGCCAAUGAAACUUUAUUUAUGGACCCUGAAAUUUGAAAAUCCUAUAAUUAUCAUGGUCAUGAACUAUUAUGCUUCUUUGACUUUUUAAAAUUCAUUUAAAAAUGUAAAUGUUUUUAAGCUCAUGGGCUGUACAAAAACAGGCCACAGGCCAGAUUGGAUUCAUGGGUCGUGGUUUGCUGACCCCUGGUUUAGAGAAUGUGUAAACCUACUUCAUAACUUUGGAAUUGUUUUUGAAAUUUUACUACAUUAGCAUAUAAAUAUUGAUAAAUCAUAUGCACAUACCCUCUGCUGGUAGCAUUAUAGUGGUAUCACAAACGUAUAAUUACAAUAAUAGGAAAACAAUGUACAAGUGCAGUAUGAAGGCAUACAACUUAAAUUCUACUUGUAACACUGUGAAGUGUCAAAGUAUUUUAUUGCUAUCUAAUUUUGGCUUUUGAGAAAUUUUUCUAAAGCCUAUGCUUAGUUGAAACAGAUUCUAAACAUAAAGGUACAGGAUUCUUAAGUUAUUUUGAACCACAACAUUUGAAAUUAUUUCAUCAUCUUUAGCAGGAAUAAAAUCUGUACAUGAUUUUCUUUUAUGCCACUUAAUUUACAGCCUUUGUUAGGAAUUUCACUGAAUUUAUAGAGCAUAGAAAUAGAUAUUUACUUCCCAUGCAUAUAUACCAUCAACGUCUGGUUAUGUGUCAACCUUUAUUCCUAUUAUUCCUGUUUCAAUAAUUCUGCUAUGUUAUUUCUAUAAAUAUCUGCAUGUGGCAAAGAGCCUUUCUUCUCAAGAUUCCAAAAAGUUGGUUACCUGCCAUUGAUGGCCAAAGUGCUGGCCCAUUUGGCCAUGAUAUUUUACUUGUUAAUUCAGAGUUCUCCACUGUAUAGACACUCAGGUAUUGACUGUAGGCAACUCUUUUUAUGUGAUAUUAUAAUCUGUAGUCUCAAUCUCUUUUACUUUAAAUUAAUAUUUCUAGAGUUAAUAGGUUAAAUUAUACGUGCACACAUACAUACACAACUAUGCCGUAGAGCAUUUAUGCUUUCAAAGUUAAAAAUGGAAUAAUGGAUUAGAAUUUAAAAAUAAAGAGGAAAACAGUAGGCAGAGUCACAACCAGAAAUAAAUAUCAGUGCACUGAAAUAAAGGAAAGGAAAAUAUUUAAUGUUAUAAGAAUUAGUAAUAUAAUGAAAAAAUCUGAAAAAAGUUUGUCUUUUUCUUUUAUCUCCUGCUGUUGAUCUUUGUACACUAUAAUCAGGUGUUGCAAGAGCCACUUGGUGUCUAGAUCCUUGGUGGCCCUUAGAAAUAAUAGCAUUGCUGACGCCCUGACUACCCUCUGCUGGAACAGAAGGUAGUCAUUCCAAUGUACCAGUCCCUUAGUCUAUGUAACACCCUCAUUUUAAGCACCCUUGCCAUCAUCUGGAUCCUACUAGAUUAGAACCUCUUAAGGCAAAUUGAUUUUCUUUCAAAGACCAACUUGACUCUAAAGAGAGGUUCAGAAUCCUAUUUCACAUGCUGCUGCAUAAAGAAAGUUCAACCUUCAUUUUAUUUUAACACAGACCAGAGUGUUCCUGUCUUUGAGUUGUCUAUGAGCUAAUUCCACUGAUGCUCAGUGAGGAAUGAAAUCUUUUGCUGUAACAGACAUGGGUGUGAAGCCCAGCUCGCCUUUUCCAUGGUGAGGCAUAUCUUUUGGCAGUACUGGCUGUGGUCCCUUUUUUCAAACAAGCUACAAAAGUGCUUGCUCAAAUUGUGCUUUGGUUUGAAGUUUUAAUCUUACAGAUUUGUGAGGAUGGUCCUUUUUUCUUCAUAUCGAUUGCAUGUGUAAGCAAGUCAUGGCCAUAUACUGGAGACAGAUUAAAGCUGCUUUUCCCUAGAAAUAAGUUUCCUACAGAUACAAUGUUUAUGAGCAUUGAGAAAAUCAAGACAUGUGCCCUAAAUCACAUGGAAUAUUAAUUACACAAGAAGAUAAGUAAUUCCAGUCAUUGGAAGAGGGUCACAUUCAGAAUUGUAAAAGCAUUUGAAUAAUGAAAGCUUGGCUUUUCAGAGACAAUGCAAAGAUGUGUUAGAAUUGCUACAUCCACACCUUUGAAACACACAGCAUGGGCACCCUAAUCACUGCACAGAGUAUAAUCAGCCUGACGAUGAAAUUGAGAGUCUAAAAGUCAGUCAACUCAUGUGCUAUGUAAAAAUAUACCAAGUACAAAACAUCUAUGUAUUUAAUAGGUGACUCCGUUAUGCCAUAACUCCGCCAAGUUUAUAUUAACUAGUCAGUCAACUGAAGGCUUUUUCUGUUGUGUUAUGUGUAAAUGUCUGAAAAGUAAAAUAAUUCUUGGGUUCCUUUGAAGUCCAUGAAGUGUGAGGAAGUGCCAUUCCUGCUUGUUCGAUGUGAGUGGUUUUGCUAGUUGGGUUGGCUCUCUGUGCUUUGUACUGUGAAUGAGCGUAACCAGGUUUCUCAGCAAUGGCUCCUUGGCUGGCUCUUUCAGGGAUGGUGGAGGAAAGAAAUGUACCCUAUAGUCACAAACUAUCCAGGUUCCCAAAUAGGAAAAAAUAAAGAUACAUUAUGAAUUUUAUUUUAUUCUUAUUCUAUGAUGAUCGGUUUUACGUAUUGUGGCGCACCUUCUAAAAAUCUGCAACGUUGUAAGGAAAGAAUCAGGCACCAUAAUCCUGUGAAAGUAACACCCUACUAAGCUUCUCACUCCAAGCCUCAUUCUUCAGGUCUGUGUCUGAUGUGAAGAGGAUGUCAUUCACAUGGAUGCUGGUGUAGACGAGUCUCUCAGAGCCUUUCUUCAAACAACUUCAGUUUGCAGUAUCCCCCCAGUUAUGUAUUCAGAAUGCCUUAAUUAGCAUUUAGAACCCCAACUUGAUUUAGACUUUAUUGACUUAAGUUAGAGGCAGACCAAUUUAGAAACCGAUUUUGUUCUUUGUUUUUAUAAUCAUGUGUAAUUUGCAACUGUUACUGUGACCUGACAUCACUGAGUAGGACCCCAAAAUCAUAUCUGCUGGUAAAGAAAAAAAAGCAGAGACUUCGCUAUUGUCUAGAAGUUAUUUUUCUCUUAACUAAAGGUUUCCCACUUAAGGUAGAAAUUACUGUUUACUUCUGCCUCCUACCUUUAUUGGUUACCUUACAAAACCAAAACAUUUUUUACAAAUGAGGUUAACCUUUGUAAAUAGUCUGUAUCCCACCUGUCUCCUGUUGCUUCACAGACUUAAUAUCAGUAUUUAUCAAGGAGUCUCACAUCUCCUGAACUCUUUCACUGUAUCCAUCCUUUUGUCACCACUAUCUCCCUGCUUCAAAUGUACAAGUUUCCUUGGUGUCGUAACCUUGGACAAACUCAGGCUUAUGAAUGACGUGGACUUUUAGAGGAUCAGAUCAAUAAGUAAGAUUUUUCAUUUUUUUAGGGCAGCUGCAUCCACUCUUUUAAGUAAGGAAUCUCAAAUAAGGAUGUUGACAGCACUCACAGCAAGCCAUUGGGCAGAAAACUGUCUGCAUAUUCUAGACCAAUGAUUAGAAGCUGUUGUAUGAGUUAGGGAGCCAAACAGGUCCUCACUUCUCUCCUUGGCACUCCUGAGAGAGAUGCCAAAUUCAGAAGUUGAACAUUUCUUGGUGCUAUAGGGAAAAAUGAAGUCUGUGUGCUUACUUGGGAGUCCCAAAAGGCAAGGGCCAUUUACAAUUAUUACAAACAUAAAUAUCGUCCAUCAUCCAAGAUGUUCAAUUACAGGGCUACUUGAGGAAUUUAAGUGUUGGAGGGAGGUGGGGGCCAAAGAUGCCAACAGCACCUUAAUUAAAUGACCACUUUCUCCUCUUUGUACCAUCUGCCAUCUUGGCUGUGUUUCCCAUGGUCUGUACCCUUCCGGGGUUGAGAACAGCCCAAGUUUGCCUUAAAUCCACUCAGUCUCUUAGAUUAAAAAUAGGCAUUGUUUUGUGUAUGGCAGCACAUGUUAGCCAUUUUAUAUUUGCCUCUGUAUCUUCCUCUCCCUCAUUUUUACAGAGAACAAUGCCUGCACAUGAUUUAUGCUUAAAAUUUGAGGUAACACCACAUUGAGGGCUGUGAUUUCAAGAGUUUUCUCGAACUCUGAGCUGAAACCUUUACCAAUGACUAGGGAGUUUGGCAAGGAAGACGACUGUUUUUUAAUUCAAAAUCCUAUUUAUAUAGUUAAAAUUUGAGGUACUAUAGUUUAUAUAAAAGUUGGAUAUUUAGAUAUUAUAUUUCAGUACUAGGAAUUUCUUUGCAGCCAUUAACAUGACAAAUUAAGUAAUAUGAAAAUGUCAGUAAAUUAUCAUUGAAUUUUUUGUUUAUUUUGUAGUGUUUCUGUAUUUAUCUGCACUUUGUGUAUAUAUAUACACACACAUACAUACACAGACAUGUAAAUAACCUCAUGUUAUUCCUAAUCUAAAUUGCCACAAUAUCUUUAAUGUAUGUUUACACUGUAUUUUAAA